AUGCCUGCUCCGAACGGCGAAGCGCGGCGCGUGAACCUGCCGCGAGAUUGUGUGGAUGAUCUACAACGUGGCGUGGGAUGCGUGGAGCUGCUAGCUCAGCUGAGUCCUCCUGGGGUUAGCGAGAAGAAGCCUUGUGCGUUCGUGGACGUGGCGUUCCACCCGUUGAAGUCGUGGGUGGCUGCCAUUGAGCCCAAAGGAUGUGGCGUCGUGUGGGACUACGAGACGGGAGAAGUCGUGACGGAGUUCGACUUGGGCGAGUCUCAAGUCCUGGACGACGAUGACGUGCGCGACAGCGAAGCGAGUGAAGACGCUGCGGAAGCAGCAGACGGAGCAAACUUUGCUAGUCCUGCUGCAGCACCCAAGGGGCUGUUGGGUAGAGCGACAGCUUCGCCGUCGAUGAGGUCAGUGCAGGGAGCAGUUGCCGCUGCGAAUGCAGCAAAAGGACUGUUGUCGCCUACUGGGGCUUCUCUCAUCAAACCAAGACGGCGAACGACACUGUACAUGUUGUUCUACGAUCACGAGUCGAUCGCGUGUACGACACAACUGCCAGCGCCGCGGACGUGCUUUGACGAGUGGCUGAUCAUUGUGGCGCGAUCUCAUAUCGUGAUCUGCGACCUCGACCAGAACGGAGCGGUGCACCACCUUGACCCCGAGGAUCUACAUCGCGGUCUUCCGACUAGUGUUGCUAUUCUGCCCUCUGGGCUUUUAGCAAUCGGCUGCCAAGACGGAAAAAUCCGCAUCUGGAGCCCAUGGCAGUCGAAAACUCAGCUCAUUUUACUUACGACGCCACCUAUCCUGAUGAAAAGAAGCGGGAGUGGGGCACUUCCUGGAGCGGAGACGCGUCUCAGUACGCAACUCCAUCAUCUCGCCUGCGCAACGUUGGAUGGCCAUGUUGUCACUUGGAGGGUGUCGUUUAACGCGUCCACUUCCAGUUGCGACUGUGUAAAGACGUCGGAAGUGGAGCUGAGGGAUGUAUUCCGGCAGUACGAUAUGAAUGGGAUUCAUGAACUCAAGUUCCACCCGCAACAUGACGUGAUGACUGCGGCAGCGCGUGACGGUACCAUCUUCUUCUUUGAUGUUGCCCCACUAUUGGAUAGCAACAAACCUGCGACGCUGACGGGGCUGCUUCCGUCCAGCAAGCUCCAGAAUAUUGUUGUGUUGCCAGGAACUCAAAAGGGGUGCUUCUCAGCGCUUUCGAUCUCUCCCUUGAACUCCACGCUGACGGUAUCCGAGAUUAUAGUUAAGGGCCGAUACAGUGGGAAGGAUAAUGUACCAACUAUCUUUACCGAGUUUGGCACCGGCAAUAGUCAAGAGUCCCGGGAUCUCCGAGGCUUCCUUGAUCAAAUGCCACCGAAGCGCUUGAAGAUGGCAUCCCUUACCAGUAGUGUUCGGAACCAAGGCGAGUUGUGCUGCCUUACCAGUUACGGUUUGCUGAUCCUCAAGUCUAGCUGCUUGGCUACUCCUCUCCCCGUCUUCGUCCCUCGAGGCUCGAACAAUACUCCUGCUAUCGGCUUCCCUUCUUCCAUGGCCAUUGGACUGCGAGUUCUCGGUGAAAAUCCACAAGAGAAACCACAGCACCACGCUGUGCAGAACGGGGCAGAAGCUCAGAAUCCCGCGACGAUCGAGCGAUCGCGAGUUCCUCAGCUGCAGUAUUGCCCCUGGCAAAACGGAUUCCUCGCUGCUAUUCUUCCUCUCAGCGGGCAUCUUGAGAUUUUACAAGUGGGAUUGAAGCCGGUGCCACCAAAUGCUGUAGACCUGGAGACGAUAUUUGUGGCGCAUGCGUUUGCCUUUGCGUGGCAUCCAUCCCAACCGCUCUUCGCUGUACUCGCGCCAAACAAGGAGCUCGCCAAACUUACUCGCUCGACCACCUCAUCAGCAAUCGUCCAGAGCAAGCGAUCGCGAUUUUUCUUUGGCGGGAGCAGAGCUUCUGCUGCCAAUGCAACUGAUGAGCCUGACGCGCGUCAGCAGCGAACUGCUUCGAGGUCAUUGACGUUGUCAGUUUACAAACUUUCCGGAGACGAUGCAGAGGUUGAAUUCGUCGAGACGAGCUUCUCGAAUGGGGACGACCACGUACUUCACGUUUUCUCGGGUCCACUGCUUGGCGUAGUCAAGUUCAUCGCAGACAAUGAUACUGUUGAUCCAACGCCAGUAAUGGGAGGAGCAAUAGUGAAGCGAGCUCGCGAUAGUCCCGCCUCGUUGAGUCGCAUCCAGCGCGCGCACUCGUUCAUGCUGGGACUCAGCAACAUGUCUCCCAAAAUGACGGACUUGAGGCUGACCAUGUUGUCCCCAUCGCAGUCGCCUUCAGCCUCGCCAACCGCAAUCAGCUUUGAAUCGGCUGACUCUGCUAGCGAUUUAACGAAAACGUACCUCGAAUUCUACGAGUGGAGUCACACUGUGGGCGCUGCAGAGGGGGAACCAGCACUACGCAAAUUUAGUGGAGGGUUCGCUGUCGACUGUCCGCUUGCCCUUGAAUGGGACACCGCUACUCAGAGCCUUUGUGCACUUGUGUAUCCAAGCUGCAUCAAGAUCUACCGCUUCAGCAUUUCGGCUGUCGACAAGAGCAGCCAAGCUGAAGGAUCCAAUACUACGAUGGAAUGUCUGCACGAAAUCCCGACGCCGAGUCCAGCGCUGUCCCUGCACUGGGCGCAUCACGCGCUCUUCUUCACGACAGAGGACGAGGUCAAAUGCAGCGUGAUUUGUCGAACACGGUGCUUUACGCUCGCUCUAGCGUCGAAAUGGGUACUGAACGAGGCUUCGUGUGCUACCCAAGUGAGCGACGAUGACCUUAACCAGUUCCCAAGACCUCAGAUCUUCCCUGCUGGGGCGACUACGAUCUUAGGAGUGAUCGACCAGAAGCUUGUGCUGGCGGGUCCACUCCACGCUGUUCACAUCCUCGACCUGUCGAAUCGAGUGUUGCAGUGCGCGAUGCUGGUCAGUGCGGGGCGUAUCGAGCAAGCAGCAGAAGUCGCCCAACCACUUAGCCCGGAUGUCAUCCAAUGGCUGGGGGCCGUCUUUGAGGCGUUUGGCCAUGCUUCACAGGCUUUGCGUCUUCUACCCGCGCUCUCCUUGUCGUUGAAGGUCAACAUGUGCAUCAAGCACGCAGAGCUGGAGCUAUUGGCGAAGCUACUCGGUGAACUCAUCGAACAGGAACGAGAUUCGCCUGAUCUCACGGGUUCGUCACUCUUCCAACGCGCGUGCAUUGCUCUUCACCGUGGACAAGUGGACUCGCCACUCAAGCAGCUCGGUCCAGUGCUUCUGUCACGCAAGCACAACACCGACGCUAUCUUCGUGGCCUCUCUGCUGCAGAACGACGAGCAACUCGUCCAAGCGUACGGCUCAGCUGGGGAAUGGGGAGCCGCUUUCCACGCUUCAAAGAGCAAAACCUCAAGUCGCUCGGCUGUGCCAAUUCAAGGCGCCAUUCUGCAAAAGUGGAAUGCUGGUAUCGCCAAACCCACUGCAGCCUGGAGGACGGUGCUCGAAAAGCAAGGGAUUCGACCUCCCACGACGGUGAAACUCGGACCGCCAUCGAUGAAGACGGCAUAA